AGCGCAUGAUGUGGCUUUCCCUCGAGGAUGUUUGUUGAUGGACAGACCUAUGAUUUUAAGACAGACAUUCUUCUGGUGAUAAAAAGAAGAACCUGGAACAUACAAUCAUUUUACCUUCUGGAUAUCAGCAAAUCUGUCAGGCCAGAGUAUGCCAUCUGCACCAACUUAUAGAAUCCUACGACCCCUCCUGCUUGGUAUCUUUUUAUUAGGAUGCUUUGUGACUUUGUUUUUAAUGUACAUCAAACCAUCUACGAGCUGGUUGUCAGGCCCGGUCGAGUCAGAAACAUCCACAGCCCGAGUGAAGAGCCUCCUUUCCAGCCGAAGUGAGCAGAACCAGACCACUAUCCUGGUCUGGCUUUGGCCUUUCGGCGAAACCUACGACCUGAACGUCUGCAGCUCUUUGUUCAGCAUCGAUGGCUGCUUCAUCACCGCAGACCGAAACCUUUACAACAAAUCUGACGCCGUGGUCAUACAUCACAGGGACAUCACCAGCGACCUGUCCAACAUGCCACCGGCGUAUCGGCCCACGUUGCAGAGAUGGAUUUGGAUGAACUUCGAAUCACCUUCGCAUUCAUCUCAGUUACCUGGAAUUGAAAACUUGUUUAAUUUAACUCUAAACUAUCGGCAGGAUGCUGAUAUAGAAGUGCCUUAUGGAUCGAUUGUCGCAGCCCAAGGAGAGGAGGACUUUGUGCCGCCAAGCAAGAACAAGCUGAUUUGUUGGAUCGUCAGCAAUUGGAACCCAGAUCACGUCAGAGUGAAAUACUACAAUGAACUCUACAAGCACAUCGAGGUUCAUGCAUACGGACAAGCAUUUGGUGAGUACAUUUCCGAUCAGGACUACUUCCCUACAAUUGCAAGCUGUAAAUUCUAUUUGGCAUUCGAGAACUCGAUUCACAAAGACUAUAUCACUGAGAAAUUGUACAACCCGCUUUCCGUUGGCACCAUACCUGUUGUGCUCGGACCACCAAGGGAGAACUAUCAGAACUUUGUGCAGGGAAACGCUUUCAUCCAUGUUGAUGACUUCCCGUCUCCGAAGGAGCUGGCUGAUUAUCUCCUGUUCCUUGACAAAAACGAGGAGCUUUACCUGAAGUACUUUGACUGGCGUAAACACUUUAAGGUGAAAAAGGCAUACUUCUGGGCCGAGCACACGUGUCUGGCUUGUGAUUACAUCAGAAGGCACAAUGAGUACAAAACAAUUAACAAUCUUGACAAAUGGUAUUGGGGUUAAUUCACAACUGAACCGCUGGACCAGAUUAAUGAAAGUGGCUUGACAAUAAGAGCUUCAUGUAACUUAAUUCCAAUGAGGGUCUGUUGUGAGCACUUACAGACUUUUAUUUUUGUAAAAUGUCCCAAAGUAGAUGUACAUUUAUUUCGUGUUCGGUUUCACGCGUUUAUUAAUCUGGAUGCAAAUGAUGCUAUUUAGAGUUGAAUAAAUAUGUAUUUAUUUGGAAAGCUGAUUUUGACCAAAAUGCACAAAUUCAUUUAAAGGGAUAGUUCACCCAAAAAUUAGAGUUUUGUCAUCAUUUACGUACCUUCUUGUCAUUCCAACCCCAUAUAAUCUGUGGAACACAAAAGAAGAAAUUUUGUAAGUGAUAUUUUGGAUGCAAAUCAUGCAUUUUAGAGUUAACAUGGAGGGACAAAAGAAGAGUGUUUUUUUUAAUGUUUUGUUAUGUUUCUGCCAUGGAAUAAAAAGUUAAAUGCAACUUUUUAUCUCGAAGUUCAGAGAAGAAAAGUCAGAACUGUAAAAUAUAAUCUUGUAAAUGCAAGAAAAAAAGUCUUUGGGAGAUACUGUAAGUCACGUUUACCUUUAUUUUUCAUUCUAUGGCAGAAAAAACCCCAACUGAGACGUAAACUCAGAAUUCUGAGAAACAAAGUCAGAAUUGUGAGAUAUAAACUUAGAAUUGUGAAAUUGUGAGUUUUUUAUUUUGUUAUUAUUAUUAUUUUUUAAUUCUGAAGUGGAAACGGGCUUCCAUAAUUUUUGCCAAUACAAUGAAAGUCAAUGGGGUCCAAAAUAACACCCAAAAGUAAUUUUUCCAAAUCUUCAUGCAUGUUCUACAGAAGAAAGUAAGUCAUACAGAUUUGAAAUUAUAUGAGGGUGAUUAAAUGACAAAAUUUAAAUUUUUGAGUGAAAUAUAGCUUUAAAAUUCAGUUUUGCUGUUUUCAUACACCUAACUACACAUUAUACAGGAAAUCUGUUUAUUUAAUGAGAACCGAGCACUUUCUGAAGAUUUUUAUGCUUUAUUUAUAUCAUUGGUUACUGUGUAAAUGUUAGUGCUAGAGUCAUCUAUGCAGUGUUUACAGAACUUAUGUUGUGCAAAAUGUCCAUGUACUGUAAAUGUAAUGUGUAUGUAUUUUGAGACAACCUGCCUUUCAUUUCCAUGGUUUGGAUGUUGUUUUGCACAUUCAUAUUUUACCAUGCCAUAAUGGACACCGUAGUGACCAACAUGCAUUUGCUACUGAAAAACAAACAUGCCAGAAGUGCGUCAUUGCUGAUAAUGUUUUACUGUACUGAAUAACUGCUGAUAAUAUCACUGUUAAGUAGCUUACAUGGCUUGGAUAUGUGAUACUGUGAAGUAUCAAUGUGUACUGUGAAGUUGUCUUUGAAAUAUUUAAAUGUCACUUUUGUUUAACAGUGAAGUAUUGAAUCGAGAGCAGGAGGCUAAUAUACAUACAGUCAUGUGUGGGUGGUGCCAUAUUCACAGGAAUGCAGAAGACUUUUUUCCGAAUGUUGCCAAAUGUUUAGACGCGCUCAGAUAUACAAGACGAAUGAAAUCAUAAUGUGAGAAGCAUAAUGACUCGCUUUUCCAGAUGCAAGCUUAGAAGAUUUGUUUGCUGCCAAAGUUUUCUUUCUGAAAUAUGAUGUUUCUGAUCUGAUAUCUCUGGGAUUCACAUCAUCCCAUUUCUCAGAUCGGCUUUCAUUUCAUGGUGAAGGACUGUUUUAGAUGUGCUUACAUACAUGUAGUCAGUCUAAUAUUAGAUGAGGGUGAAGAACUCUAUUAUUGAUCAAUGGGAACAUUUUCAGCUGUGGAUCACAGACUGAGCUGCUGGUACUGUCAAUGCAAAAAAAAAAAAAAAAAAACUUCUCGAAUUCUAUUUUGUCUUGUUUCCAGUAGUAAAAAAUCUAAGCAUCCUUAGAACAAGAUAUUUUUACUUGAGAAGAAAUAGUGUAUGACAAUAUUUUUCUUUUCUUUCUUUUUUUAAAUGAUAGUUUUAAGCAUAAAUCAAAAAUCAUUUUGAGAAGUUAAUGUUUAAAGGUGUAAUUCACCCAAAAAUUUAAAUUCUCUCAUAAUUUAUUCACCCUCAUGUCUUUCGAAUUUUACAUUUUGGGGUGAACUGUACCUUUAAAUUAAGAAAAAAACAAUAUUCCAAAAUAUUUUUUUCCUCAUUUUAAGCAUAUACUUAACUAAAUUUUGCUUGCUUUAUCCUUAAAGCAAAAUAAAUUGUAAUAAAAAUUUAUUAAUUCAUUUAAAAAUAAUUAAAUAAAUAAAUAAGCAAGCACGCAAGCCAAUGGGUAACAAAAAAAAGUGCAUUUAUUUAUAUUGAUGUAUUUUACAUGAAUUUAAGGUAUACAUUUUAUCCUGGGACUUGAACCCCUGCAUUUGUCAUUGCAAUCAGCAUGCACUACUGUUUGAGCGAAUGGAAUGCACUUGGUAGAUUAAAAAACUAUUAUAUUUUCAUUGAAACAAGUCUUAUUAUCAUAAACAAUUUUGUACCUCAAGCAGUGCUGGGCAGUAACUAAUUACAUGUAAUCUGGAUUACA